AUACAAUCAUAAUCUUCAUAACCCAAUCUUCUUCUCUCAACUCUAUUUCCAUCUCAUCCUUCGACUCUUUGCCCAGCAUGUCUGUCCCUGCCUUCUCUGACAUUUCCAAGUCCGCCAACGACUUGUUGAACAAGGACUUCUACCACCUGUCCGCCGGUACCAUUGAGGUCAAGAGCAACACCCCCAACAAUGUUGCUUUCAAGGUGACCGGAAAGAGCAGCCACGAGAAGGCCACCAGUGGAGCUUUGGAGGGAAAAUACUCAGACAAGUCGCUCGGCCUCACCCUCACCCAGACAUGGAACACUGCCAACGCUCUGGAGUCCAAGGUUGAGCUCGCCGACAGCAUCGCCAAGGGCCUCAAGGCUGAGGGUGUCUUCAGCUUCCUGCCCCAGAGCCAGGCUCGCGGCGCCAAGCUCAACCUGCACUUCAAGCAGAACAUCUUCCACGGCCGUGCCUUCUUCGACCUCCUCAAGGGCCCCGUCGCCAACGUUGACGCCGUCGUUGGACACGAGGGUUUCCUCGCCGGUGCCUCUGCCGGUUUUGACGCCCAGAAGGGUGCCCUCACUGGCUACAGCGCCGCCCUCGGCUACGCUGGUCUCGGCUACAGCACCUCCAUCACUGCCACCGACAACCUGAGCACCUUCGCUGCCUCUUACUACCACAAGGUCAACGGCCAGGUUGAGGCUGGUGCCAAGGCUACCUGGAACUCCAAGACCGGCAACACUGUCGGCCUCGAGGUCGCCAGCAAGUACCGCCUUGACCCCGUCUCUUUCGCCAAGGCCAAGAUCAACGACCGUGGUGUCGCUGCCGUUGCCUACAACGUCCUCCUCCGCCCCGGUGUCACCCUGGGCCUUGGUGGUUCUUUCGAUACCCAGAAGCUCGACCAGGCCACCCACAAGGUCGGUGUCAGCUUCACCUUCGAGGGUUAAGCAAAUGGUUUGUGCAAGGAGUUUUCAGAGAGGGUUCUCUUGAUGUCGAGGAAGCUGGACAGGUACCUGGACACAUUAUACCCCUUUCCUCGCAUGUGUACUACAAACACCUCAAGAUAGAUCUGCAUUCUAGCGAAUUUCCUCUUGAAUGUAGAAUAGAUUAUUUGGGAAGCGC